UCGCAGUUCUCUUCAGCGAGUGCGUGUAUGAGAGAGGGCGAGAUAGAAAGAGAAAGAAGCGUAGCGUCGGUAUGAAUUUGAGUAUCGGAACGGGAGCAGGAGCCCCAAAGCCCCACAACUAGUCGUGUAGUUCUCAAAAGCGCGCGUCGUCAGUUCCGCAGUUCUCUUCCGCCAGUGCGUACGCGUGCGAGUGUGUGUGUGCGCGGCCAGAGCUCGAAAUUCUUGCCGAUCAAAUUAUUCGGAUAAUAUCGGUUUGGAUUGGCUGCAUUUCUGGUGCCGGUCUCGGGAUCAUCAUCACCUGCCUGCGUUUAAAUAAACAAAAUUCUGGACUGACCCCAUUGUAAGCAUCACAAGAACCACCAAUAGCAGCGACGGCAAGAUGGCAAUCCUACUGCAAGAUGCCCAGGAGUGGUACCGAGACCUAAUGGACACAAAAAGUGAUCCUCGCGUCAACGACUUCUUCCUGCUUUCCUCACCGCUGCCCACACUGGGUAUGUGCAUAUUCUACGCCUACUUUAGCAAAUCCCUGGGACCCAGGCUGAUGGCCAAACGAAAACCAAUGGAACUCCGUUCGGUGCUAGUCGUCUAUAACGCGAUACAGACAAUAUUUAGCGCGUGGAUUUUCUAUGAGUACUUAAUGAGUGGCUGGUGGGGCCACUACAGCUUCAAGUGCCAGCCCGUGGACUACAGCAAUAGCCCCUUGGCCAUGCGAAUGGUCAACAUCUGCUGGUGGUACUACAUAUCCAAAUUCACCGAGUUCUUUGACACGCUCUUCUUCAUUCUGCGCAAGAAGAACGAGCACGUUUCCACACUUCACGUCAUUCACCAUGGCUGCAUGCCCUUUUCCGUUUGGAUGGGUCUUAAGUUCGCCCCAGGCGGCCACAGCACAUUCUUCGCUCUCCUCAACUCUUUCGUUCACAUCGUGAUGUACUUCUACUAUAUGAUCGCUGCCAUGGGUCCAAAGUAUCAGAAGUUCAUCUGGUGGAAGAAGUACCUGACCACCUUCCAGAUGGUUCAAUUCGUGGCCAUCUUCACGCACCAGUUUCAGCUGCUGUUCCGCGACUGCGACUACCCCAAGGGAUUCAUGGUCUGGAUCGGGCUGCAUGGCGUCAUGUUCCUCUUCCUGUUCUCCGACUUCUACAAAGCCAAAUAUCUUAAUGCCGCUCGACGACGCCGUCAGGCGGUCAAGGCGAAUGGCCAUGUCAAUGGGCUGCAUGCCAACGGAGGCCACUCCAAGCAUUCGGGCGAGGGCGAUGCCUUGCUCUCUAACGGCAGCAAUAAGGGUGCUUGCAUGCCCGUCAUCGAGGACGAGUACGUGAAGAGCAACGGUCAUGCCAAUGACAGCUACAAGGACGGCUUCUUCAAGGAUGGGGUGCUAUCCACCAAUGAUGCAAUCUUGAACCCGGACAGCAGUAGCUCUAGUCUGCACCAGCGCAAAGUCAAAUAACUACUACUUAGGUGUACUACGAUGAUAUUCAUUAUGUUUAUGUUAAGUGUUUAGCGUGUAACCGAACCAAAUUGAAGAACAAGACCAGCAAGAAACUUGGCAGCAGUAGCAGAUCCAGUAAGACAAUUGAUUGGCACCACACAGCAAGGCAAAAUCAGGCAGAGAACUCAGUUUAUCAAUUGUUCUUCUAAUACUUUAUAUUAAAAAAAACAUAUAAAACAAAGUUUAGUCAAGCCUAAAGUCAGUCGUACCGAACAAGAAGCAAGUAACUAGACACUAGUGACUAGGAGCGAGUAACAGGGAUCGUAUGACUUGAAAAAAGUAACUAGAAGCCAGUAACUAGUACCAAGUAACGAGAAACGAGUGACUAGAAACAAGUAACUAGAAGCAAAUUACUAGAAACAAGAGCAACCUAUGGCCCACCCACCCGAACCGUCAACUAAAGCUAAGUAGGAAGAGCAGUGGCAGCACAAACUAAGAGCUAAUCAAACCCUUUUUAUAUAAACGUUUUCUAUGGCACCCGUUUACAAGCCCUUUUUGAGACACUCGUACGCGCAAGCAAACUUAUUUUUCGAAUGAUAUUUGCAGGCGGGCCCCGUUGCAGCGUGUUCUAAACUAGCAUCAGAGAUACCAUUUACAAUUUACCAUUAUUAUAACAAAGCUAUGUGUGUAUAUAUACUGAUGCAUUGGAGCCUGUAUCACUCUAGUUGUAAACGUUUUUUAUGGCAAUUUUUGAUAACAAGUCGAGACGUAAUCCUAACGAUAAAAGAUAGCUAAGCAUGCUCUUUUAAGUCUGCUUUAAACUUAAAGAACACGUUAACCUAUUUGUAGCUUGGUUUUGUAUAUUGAGAGGACAGUUUGUUGCAAUACUUUGUAAAGGUCUAAAUAGUAAAACUUAUUUAUAAAUUGUAGCUAGCUAGCCAAUUGCGAAAUGUAAAACACGGCACUACACAUGACACCACCCCCAUACCGCCUAGCUAGAAGUACAUAGAGUCAGGCACAACGGAAAACAAAUAACUUUUGAACAUAUAUAUAUAUAUAAAGAUAAAGCUUUUAGACUCUAAGUGCAAAACACGGCUUACGAGGAGCAGACAAUCAGUUUGAGCGUCGGACGUUGGACGCCACAACGGAACAGAUGGAAGAAGAACAAGUGUUAUUGUCAACUAUUCGUAUAUAUUUUAUUGAACCUCAUUUUGGUGUGGCUUAUAUAGGUGUAUACUUUAUUACCACUUUUUGUACCAUAUACCCCCUGUUCCCCCUUUUGGUUUGAAGUUGUUAAACGGUUUCAUUUCAGAGAGAAGAUAGAAGAGGAAAGCGUGAAGCGAUAGCGAUAAGCCGUCGCGAGUAAUUAUUUUUUGUACGUGUAAUUCUGUCUGUUAACCUGUGCGUAUUGGUUUCAUUGUUAAGUUAUGUGGUUUAAGCUGACAAGUUCAAAAACUAUGGAAAACCUGAAUAAAGCUUAUUAAUUUAUAUUAAA